AUGGAAGAAGCUUCACCAACAACUCCCCUACUCAAACGAGAGGCGCCGGAUGGGACACCGCCGGCCCCAAUGACAAGACUUCAACACGUGUCAACGGCAGUCAUUGCGGCGCUGCACAUUGUUCGCGGCGUUGCGCUUCUCGUUUGCCCUGCCAUUGCCCUGUCCAGUUUCGCAGUGCCAACAUCCAGCGUUGCCUUCGUCUUUACGAGCCUUCUUGGCAUGAGAGAUAUCGUGCUAGGUGGUUUGUUGGCCCUUGCAAAUCCCCAUCGAAUCUAUGAAAUACAUAGAGCACUUGGCAUUGCACUUUUCAGCGACUCGGUGGAUACUUCUGUUUUGAUAUUUGUUGUUGCCUGCUCCGUCCAUCUUAAAAACCCUGCUCCAGAAAUUAUAUCUGUUGUCUUAUUAGCUAUACUUGAACAUUUGACCCUGUGGAGCUUUGACGACGGUGAGGACGAUGCCCCAAGUCCUUCUCAGCAAGCACCGGUCUAUUUUGCUAGACUUGAGGACAAGAGAUUACGAUUGGGUAUGUGGCUCGAGGACCUUAAACGGGCAGAGCAAGUCCAAGAGAUCCAAGAGGUCCAAGAGGUCCAAGGAGUCUAG